GAUCUCUCUGUAGUAACCUCCGGAUUCUCAAUAAUCUUGCUGUUUUUUGUUGUCUGCAGGUCGUAUUAACAAGAUGAAGGCCAUGCAGGUGAUUUUCUUGACUCUUCUGGUUGUCCUGGUAACCAGCGCUCAGGUGUCCGAGGAAUGUCCCACACCAGAUGUUCAGGCCAACUUUGAUGUUUCCAAGUACCUCGGUAAGUGGUACGGAAUCAAGAAGGUGCAAAACUCCUUCCAGAAAGGAGAGUGCAGCACUGCCCUCUACAGCCUGAAGAGUCCUGGAGUCAUCGGGGUCCUCAACAGUGGACUGCUUGAAGAUGGAACCAUUAGAUCCGCUGUUGCCACUGCGCAGGUCACAAACUCCUCUGAGCCUGCCAAGCUGGAGGUCACCUUCUCUCAAGCAUCUUCUUCUGCUCCCUACUGGGUGCUGUCCACGGACUACGAGGGCUACUCCCUGGUCUACAGCUGCUCCGACAUCAAGUCCGGCAGAGAGUACGCUUGGAUCCUCAGCAGAGAGCCCACUCUGCCCCAGGAGACCGUAGAGAAGCUGGAAGGCAUCUUGUCCUCCAUCGGAGUCGACGUGAACAAGAUGCUCCCCACCAAACAGGACGAGGCUUACUGCAGCAUCAUGCACCAGUAAACAGAGAUCCUCCCGCUUCAGCCUCUGCAGGACUGAGACGAGGCGACGCGGAUCCAUGAUGUGACGACACACUGCUGUUUGCAGUGUGAGCUGCUUCACACUGUAGAUACGUCAUGCAAAGUUAUUGCAAUAAACAUGUAAAAGAA